UGUUAUUGGUUCACAGGAACAAUGAGUGCAUCCAAACCCAAGGAAAGCGGCGAGGUGAGAAUCGGACACUCUCUGAAUAAGAAGGAGGAAGAGUUUGUAGCCAGAAGGAGAAACACUGUUCUACAAUGCUUGCAGAAGUUUGUCAUACGCUGCAGUCAGGAUGCGGUGCCAAACAUUGCAUUACUGGGUUCUGGAGGAGGACAAAGAGCCAUGGUGGGUUUGCUGGGAUCCCUGGUUCAGCUUGAUAAAGCAGGUCUUCUGGACUGCAUCCUUUAUCUGAGCGGAGUCUCUGGAUCCACCUGGUGCAUGGCCUCCUUAUACCAAGAACCAGACUGGUCCACCAAACUAGAGACUGUGAAGGACAAAAUCAUCAGGAGACUCAGUGGUCCAGGAGUCAGAUUUACAGACGCAUUGGCCAAACUGAAGAAAUAUUACUAUGGGAAAGACAUCUUCAGCAUGACUGACGUUUGGGCAAUGGGAGAGUCUGGCAUUCCCUUUUUUGACAGCGCCAUCAAUGGUAGUGAGAACUGCUGCAGUGGAAGGGUUUACCCAUAG